UUCCGUUGGGCUGCUUCUAGUUCUAUGUUCUGCCUCCAACUAUCAUUGCAUCGCAUCCUAUUCACGCUCGAAGCCAAUAUGCUUCUGCCUCGCCCUCUUCCUCCAGCCAAACCCAACCCAUCAACAACAACGAGGUAUCUUCAACUCCCAACUCUCACCAUUCCCCACAAUCGAACUAACAAGCUCAUCGGUGUUAACCCCAUCUCUACCCCCAAAUCCAGCCACCGAUUAACCCUCAUUACAGGGUGUACCAGGAACCACAAUGAUGUCCCAAUUUCUGUUACUUAUGGUGAUCAUGCCGCCGCUCCCCACGAGCCUCUACCAGUCCACCGACAAACCCAAGGGAAGAACUUCUGGGGUGCUGUUAGUUUGAUUAUUGGCACUGCCGUCGGCCCUGGAAUGCUGGGUUUGCCCGCCGCAACCAUAAGAUCCGGUCCACUUCCAUCAACUAUUUCCAUCCUCCUCUCCUGGGUCUAUGUUAUCUCCUCUAUAAUCCUUGUUGCAGAGCUCAGCUUUGCUGCCAUGGAAGAAGACGGGGUUGCAGAAGUGAGCUUCACUGGUCUCGCUACUAAGACUCUGGGAAAUCGUUUCGGGGCUUUCGUCGCUCUAGUCUACGCCUCCCUCAGUUUUUCUUUAUUGGUUGCCUGUGUGUCGGGCAUUGGUUCUAUUGUCUCCCAGUGGUUUCCAUGGUUGAAUACUAUAAUCGCUCAUGCCUUGUUUCCUUUCGCCUUCGGAACUGUAAUCUGCUUCUUUCCCUUCAAGGUCAUUGAUGCUGCCAACAGGGGUCUAUGCGUUCUCAUGCUUUUCUCCAUAUCUGCGCUUGUGGGCAUUGGUUUAUCUGUAGCGAGAAAUAGCAUAAUGGGUUCCUUUUCUCGCGCCUCAUGGGGCCUUUCCUCCGUCUUGCCUGCCAUACCCGUCACUGUACUCACAUUAGGUUUCCAUGUUAUAACCCCUUUUGUUUGCAAGAUUGCUGGCGACACUAUAUCUGAGGUUCGUCAAGCAAUACUGAUCGGUGGAGCUGUUCCAUUAUUAAUGGUUUUAUCCUGGAAUUUGAUUGUUUUGGGACUUGCGGGAACUAACCCACCCACCUCCGGAGAACCCAUCUCUCUCUUGCUUUCUGUUCAUUCCUCUGCUUUAUCUGCAGUUCAAGGUUUUGCGUUUUCAGCAUUGGCAACUAGCUUGAUUGGGUAUGCUGUUAGCUUCCCCAAACAACUUGUGGAUACCCUAGAGUUGAUUUUUGGGACAAUUUUUUCUGAUCAACAAUCUUGCUCUCAACCUCAAGUGGGUUGUUCUCAGGAUGGAAUUGGAAGGGUUGGGUUUGCUAUUUAUUCCAGUGCCUGUGAUCUUGGAAAUGUGGGGAAGGUUUCAUUUAUUGGAUCAAGGUGUAAUCCUCGUUCAGAAUCUAAAAUGAUGUCAAGAAGGGUCAAUUUUAAUUCAUUAAACAUCCUUGUAAUACCACUUGUUCUUGGUGUUCCAGUUCUCUUAGCCUCUUUUUUUCACUCGACCUUCUCUAGAGCUCUUGAUUUUGCUGGGGUUUAUGCAAACUGCUUUCUGUUUGGUAUUCUUCCUCCAGUAAUGACAUACAUUUACCAAUCCAGGAAGAUAUCCAGGUUGUCCAUCCUUCCAGGUGGAGAUUUUGCACUUCUGCUUCUCUUUGGCAUAGCUGUGGUAUUGGGCAUUUGGCAUUAGAUGGUCAGCAGCAAGAUCUAACAGUAAAACAGGAUCCUUUCAACAGGCUAAAGCUAACAGUCAUGAUCUUGUUAUGCCUUAAUUAUUGGAUAAACUGCAUCUUUUGAAUUUCCAAGAUCAUUAAAGGUCAAAAUUCAUCUUAAAGUCCUUUUAAGAUCGCAUUUGGGUUUAGAAUUUCAAAGGGGAAGAUUAGGGUUGAAAGUAAUGUUAGAAUAAUCUCGGAAGUAAUAAUCGUGUAUGGUGCAAUUGUUAAUGCUUAUCCGACUUACACGCAUAUGUCAAGCUGUCCUACUGGGUGGCCGUAGGUGCGGGGUUGGGCUCUAAAUAUUGA